AUGCUUUCAAUCUAUAUCAGAUUGACCUGUCUGCGUUGGCUCAGUUUAAAUUUGCUUUUUCAUAUGUUUUCUUAUUAUACGUCUUUUUUCGUUCUCAUUUUGUGCUUCUUUCUUUACGUUCUAAACUUAUUUUUCACUUUCUUUUCAUUCUCAACCUUUUCUCUCUCUCUUUUGCCUUUCCCAGUCAUUUCUCUCUUUCUUUUCUUAAGCUUUUUCUCUUUUUCUUUUCUUCCCCAAUCUUUUCUUGCUUUCUUUUUUUCUUGGCCUUUUCUCUCUCAGCCUUCUCUCUUUCUCUCACUCUCGCUUCUUUCUCAACCUUUUUCUCUCUCUCUCUCUCUCUCUCUCUCUCUCUCUCUCUUUUCUCUCUCUCUCUCUUUCUCUCAUUCUUUUCUUUUGCAACCUUUUUUUUCUCUCUCUCUCUCUCUCUCUCUUUCUCUGGGCCUCUCUCUCUCUCUGUGGGUCUUUUCUCUCUCUUUUGACUUUCCCAGUCAUUUCUCUCUCUCUUUUCUUACUCAAGCUUUUCUCUUUCAAUCUUAUCUUGCUUUCUUUUCUGUCUCGGCCGUUUCCCUCUCUUUUCUCUUUACUUUUCCAGCCAUAUCACCUCUCUCUCUCUCUCUCUCUCUCUCUUUACUUUCCAAGCCAUAUCUCUCUCUCUUUACUUUUCAAGCCAUAUAUCUCUCUCUCUUUACUUUUCAAGCCAUAUAUCUCUCUCUCUUUACUUUCCAAGCCAUAUCUCUCUCUCUCUUUACUUUCCAAGCCAUAUCUCUCUCUCUCUUUACUUUCCAAGCCAUAUCUCUCUCUUUGCUUUCCAAGCCAUAUCUCUCUCUCUCUUUCUCUCUUUCCAAAAGCCAUAUCUCUCUCUCUUUUACUUUUCAAGCCAUAUCUCUCUCUCUUUUACUUUUUCAAGCCAUAUCUCUCUCUCUCUUUCUCUUUUCAAGCCAUAUCUCUCUCUCUCUUUACUUUCCAAGCCAUAUCUCUCUCUCUCUUUACUUUCCAAGCCAUAUCUCUCUCUCUUUACUUUCCAAGCCAUAUCUCUCUCUCUCUUUACUUUCCCAGCCAUAUCUCUCUCUCUCUCUUUACUUUCCCAGCCAUAUCUCUCUCUCUCUCUUUACUUUCCCAGCCAUAUCUCUCUCUCUCUUUACUUUCCCACUCUUCCUCUCCAUUGCUCUCCAUAUCUCUCUCUUUACUUUCCCAGCCAUAUCUCUCUCUCUCUCUCUCUUUCCCAGCCAUAUCUCUCUCUCUCUCUCUCUCUUUACUUUCCCAGCCAUAUCUCUCUCUCUUUUACUUUCCCAGCCAUAUCUCUCUCUCUCUCUUUACUUUCCCAGCCAUAUCUCUCUCUCUCUCUUUACUUUCCCAGCCAUAUCUCUCUCUCUCUCUCUUUACUUUCCCAGCCAUAUCUCUCUCUCUCUCUCUUUACUUUCCGAGCCAUAUCUCUCUCUCUCUCUCUUUACUUUCCUAGAAACAUAUCUCUCUCUCUCUCUUUGCUUUCCGAGCCAUAUCUCUCUCUCUCUCUUUUACUUUCCGAGCCAUAUCUCUCUCUCUCUCUCUCUCUCUACUUUCCGAGCCAUUUUCUCUCUCUCUCUCUCUCUCUUUACUUUCCCAGCCACUUCUCUCUCUCUCUCUCUCUCUCUCUCUUUACUUUUCCAGCCAUUUCUCUCUAUAUACCUUUUUUUGCAUCCUUUUCCUUCUUACUUUUCUUUCUCUGCCUUCUUUUUUUAUUUUCCAAGUCUUUUCUCUUUUUCUUUUCUAUUUCACCAUUUUUCCCCCCUAUUUUUCAGACAUUUUCUUUCUUUUUCAGCCCUUUUUCUCUCUUCCGUUUUCAGCCCUUUUUAUUUUCUCCCUUUUCUCUUUUUUUUUCUUUUCAUUUCCAUCCCUUUUUCUUUUCCAGACCACUUUUUCUCUUUCUUUAUAUUUGCAGCCUUUUCCUCCAUUUUCCCCUCCCUGAUUACUUUCUAA